AUGAAACUCUUCUUCUCCCUUCCAACGUUAGCGCUCGUUGCUGCUUUGCCCAUGGCUGAGGGUGCGGUCAUUGGUAACCAAACUGACCCUGGAUCCUUCUGGGCUAUCUACCCCGAUGGCGGUGCUGCUGCUGAGUGUGUCAUGAAUCCAGGCACCAAAGUCGAUGACUCCUGCUGUGCUGCCGUGACACCACAGCCUGUCAUGUCCAGCAUGUUUUUUGCUGACUGCUUUUCCUUUGGCAAUGAUGAGCAGACCCGGGCCUAUCGCGGAUGUACAGAGGAAGGGAUGGCCAUCUAUGGUGAGGGCUGCGAUACCGGCACGUCCUUGAAUGGGACUGUGGAAGAAUGUGGCUGCAAGUUUACUGUACUGGGCACGGGAUGCCACAAAGCAAAUGAUUUCCCCGAUGAUCCCCGGCAGUUCUUUGUCUACUUGGAUAAUUGA